GGUGACGGAGACAACCGAUAGGAACUCCGGAAGCGUCGUCGUUACUGGUCACUGUCAGCCCGUUGUUAGAGCGAUGUGUUGCUGCUGCUGAGGAUACGGCUGCGUUGGAGCCGGAGUUUAGCUGAAGCAAGACACCAAAAUGUACUAAGAAGGCUUUCCCAAUUUAAGAAACUAGGAAUAUUAAGGUGUCAGCAGGCCUGCCAGUAUACACAUGUACUUCAUCCUGAAUGCUGGUCCAGGAGGCACAAACCACAGCAUGUUAUUGUAACAAGAGAAGACAUUAGGGCAGGAUGCAGUCUUCAAACCACCGACUGCGAGAUAUGGAGCAGCACCACCCGCUGCUGUCGGCUGGGGCAGAUGUCGAGACAGGGAGCCUGGCAGGCGGAGUGAUGGUCGGGGGUCCCCACACGGGCCACACAGCAGGGAAUCGCACACUGUGGUUCAUUCAGGACAGCUGUGGUAUGGUGUGUGCAACCAUGACCUGGUUCCUGGUGCUGUACGCUGAAUUUGUGGUGAACUUUGUCAUGCUGCUGCCUAGCAAGAGUUUCUGGUACUCGCUGCUGAAUGGGGCCACCUUCAACUCCCUGGCUGUGCUUGCGUUGGCCUCACACCUGCGCACCAUGUUAACUGACCCGGGUGCAGUUCCAAAGGGUAAUGCAACCAAGGAGUACAUGGAGAGCUUACAGCUGAAGCCUGGUGAGGUCAUCUACAAGUGCCCAAAGUGCUGCAGCAUCAAGCCUGAGAGGGCACAUCAUUGCAGUAUUUGUAAAAGAUGCAUCAAGAAGAUGGAUCACCACUGUCCUUGGGUCAAUAACUGUGUGGGAGAAAAGAAUCAGAGAUUCUUUGUACUUUUCACUAUGUACAUAGCCUUGAUUUCCGCCCAUGCCCUGGGCCUCAGUGGUAUGCACUUCUUCACCUGUAUUAAAGCCCAGUGGAACGAAUGCAGUGACUUCUCUCCAGGAGUGUCUGUGCUGCUGCUGAUCUUCCUCUGUCUCGAAGCCAUCCUCUUCCUCACUUUCACAGCUGUAAUGUUUGGUACACAGAUCCACUCCAUCUGCAAUGAUGAGACGGAGAUUGAGCGUCUUAAAAAUGAGAAGCCCACAUGGGAACGUCGCAUGAGAUGGGAUGGAAUGAAAGCUGUAUUCGGGGGUCCACCUUCCCUGCUGUGGUGCAAUCCGUUCACAGGGCUGCGUCUGCGGCGCCUGCUGCUGUUGACCCACGGUCGCCGCGGCGGGUCUGAGUUUUCUGUCUGAGAGGAAGGGCAGACUGUUGCAGGUCACCAACACCUGACCAUCUCUAAAGCAAGAUUUCUUGUCUGCCCAUCUUGGCCAGAGUUAAGAUGGACCUCUGCUCCCUGCGGCUGUCCUUCUUGUGUGGGUGACAGAGGAAGACAAGCUGGUCCAGUGGGAUCCCAGCGCAUCAAAACACUGAAACCACUGAAAGUUUGUAUGCUCACUCACAUGCUGAUGUAGAUCCAACACAUUUGAUCUGCACAAAUAUGCUGAAUAACUGGAAUACUGCUUCUGACAUGACCAGCCUGUUGGUUUGUUUGUGUGUUUCUUGGAAAAACAUACAGUAUGUAACUCAAGUGAGUCUUUUAUUCCUAGUGAGAUCGUGCAAGGUUCAGCUUAACUCAACUGCUGCAUCUUCAGUACACAACUUCAGCAGUUUGUUUUAUUUGCUGCACACAUGAGAUUCAAGAUUAGUGUUUUUUUGUGAGGGGAGAUCAGCAACAUAUUUUUCAUCAUCACUGGACCUCAAUGUGGAGAUGCUUGAAACUGCGUAUUUGACCCAGACAAGGGAGUCACAGUCAAGGACAUGCACUACUUACAUGGCACUUGAGAAAAGCUCUGGAUGUGGAGCACAGUGGACAUCUGAUAUGGAACUGGGCUGCCUUGAUUUGCAUGUAUAAGAGCUCAGUCAGUCAGCAUCUCAGCCAGGAAAUGAGGCUUUCACAACCUUCAAAUGAACAAACAGGCUACCGUGAACAAACCUCAUACUUAUUCAAAACGACUCAAUGGCUUUGCCUACUGGUUCAUCUUCCUUGUCAUAUUUUCCUACUGGGACUGAAAUUGUUGAUUUUUCUCUUUUUUAAAUAACUGCUGAAGCUUCUUUCUCACAGUGACCCACCUCUCAACAGUUGAUCAUAAUCACUCACUGAAGAAGACUACUGUUACUCUGACUCUUCAUUUACAUCGCCAUUUUGUAUUAGUUUUAUGUACUGUAUGUGUUCAUAAAUUUGCCAUUCCACCACUCUUUCAUGCUGCUCCACAUCUCAUUCUCUGCAAACGAUCCAUGACCCCCUAACCCACCCUGGAGAUUGCUGAUAUGUCUGCCUGCCUGUGUUUUCAUUCAUGUGGACCAAACGGGUUGGCUACUGAAAAUGCUGGAUGUUAUUAAGUUUGACUGGUUAUAAAUGUUUUUCCUACAUGUUGAAAGGUGGAGGCUACUUUUGUGUACAGUAAGAACCCACGUGCAGGGACAGCUGCAAGAACAGAAAAACAACCUUACAAAUCCCUUGAGAAAGAGCCAAGUUUCAGACAUUGUGGUUUUGUAUGCUUCCUGGCCACCGUGCGGUGCCACAUUUUGAGAACUUAAACACUAGCACAACCUCCUUUGGCUCAUUGUGAGCUCAUUCUGAUCCACAGAGCCAAGCUCCACUGUGCAGUCUGCCUGUAGAAGUAAAAAGGAACUGCUUUGCUGAAAAAGACCGAGGUGCCAGGCUGAUUAUACAAGCUCUGAUACUGAACAAAGUCUCAGAGAUCUCAACUUUUUCUUUUGAAGCCUUUCCUACAUCACUCCAGAAAUGGCAGCCCUGUAACAUCUAGUGGCAGGACAGUAGCAGAUACUCUCCCAUUGUUAUUAGAGCACCUAUCCAUGCCUUUAAAAUCUUUCAGUCAAAUGAAUUUAUCAGCUUGAAAGGUAUUUUGCCAUUAUUGCUAUAUUUAUCAUUAUAUUUAUGUAAGUGUUUUCUCAUUUUGUAACAACUUGUCUCUUAUUUUUACAUAAUCAUUGGGCCCAUUUGCACUGGAUUAAUGUGGAUUUUUGAAUCUAGACUCCAGGAGACAAGUCCUAACUGGUGGGCUGGUAAUGUCAAAUCCAGAAUCUAAAAGUCUAAUUUUUAUCAUGUAUUGGACAAUAUACUGCUGUUUGUUCUCAUCUGUGGUUGUCAGGAGAAGGAACUCUGUCUCCAUUGUUUACACUAAAUGAUGAUAUCUGAUGCUCUUUAGGUGUAAUGUUUUAAGAAAUGUGCUGUUGUUAGAAUGUAAAACUUAUCUAUGUUGGGAAUAAGGGACACAACACUGAAAGCUAACCGAUAUCAGGGGAUUUUAUUAAUGCUGGCCACUAAUUUCUCAUUUUAUUAUGCUAGACUGCCUCAGCAACAGUUUUCUGAUUAAAUAUUAGGAGAAUGUGACUUUCUGUUGAAGUCCGUUAUCCUAACAUGCUCAGCAUACUUUUGUGAGGUGCAAACUGAAGACAAGAAUUGAAGACAAGUCAAGUUUGACCAAACAAACAUGUCAAUAAAAAUGACAAACAACCUGGUUUUCAUUUAUAAAUAUGCACAAGAUGAUUAAGAAAACAACAGGAAAAUUCUUGCUGCUUGGUUUGGCUGAUGCACAAAUAUGUUGCUUGUCAAACAGCAGCUAUUAUUAAAAGUAUUUGCAAGUGUUGGUGGCAGAGUUGCCCACAGAGCCAUGAGAGGCCUGAACACAAAAUGUCAUUAGACUAGAAGUAAAUAAAUAAGGAAUUGAGGUAACUGUGGAUGGACUAAUACAUUUCGAAACUGUUAGUUGCAUUUGUUGGAAGUUGCAGGGCAUCAUAGCUAAUGAUGGAUUGACAAGUAUUGCUGUGUUGACCAAGUGUGAGUAUUUGGUGUUGACUGGUAUAGUAAACAAUAACUUGCUUGGUUGCUGUGUUUCACAAUAGGACAGUCAUCCUUCAUGACCAAACAAAGAUGCUGUAAACAUAAGGUUUUAAAUUGGGGUUCUGUUUCAGAGUAUGUCAUUUUGUAUUCAUGCUCAGCAAUAGAAUCAGUGAGUGGCAUUUUAAGGGGUCAUACCAGUAGCUGUAUUUUCUCCACCUUUUGCUGUAUGACUUACAUGAAUACAAUCACCUUGGGGAAAGGCUUUUUUGACAAAGUGCAAACUUGUGUAAACCAAUACUACGCUAUUCUUGCAGAAGUAUUUCCUCAUACUAGUUUGCAGUUAGGGGGAAUUUUCACAGAAAAUGUAGUAAGACCAUUUUGGAAAGUAUAGUAAUGAUCCUUAACAGAGUUUGAUAACAGAAUUACCAUUAACAUGAACAGCUUGAAAAGGUUUUAUUUCCUAACCCCCUGAGAGAAUGUUUCCUCAACAACAGAAGUCCUUCAGCUUUAUAAACAAAGAAUUAAGGUUACUAUUAACAAUAUAUAAAUGGAAUGUUUUAUUAAGUUUUUUUUAAUUAAUGUGUAAUAAUCUUAUAAUGUCUUAUAUCUUUAAUGUCAUUCUUUUACAUAAUAAACUUGAUUAAAUCAAACCUA